AUGUCUCCUCCGAAAUCCUCGUCGGGUAAAACUGCGAAACCUUUGAUUCCGGGCGUUUAUGGUCCCCAUCAGCUGUCAAUUCUCUCUGCGGAGAAUAUAGCUGAAAUUAGAGGAUCCACUGGGAUUCCGCCGGAGAUCGAGAUCAAGUUCCCGGAGGCUCACGAAUCCCCGGAGAACCCUCCUCCAGGGUACUGUUGCGCGUUCAAGAUAUUCUUCUCUGCGUGUGGUCUGUCGUUUCCCCUCCCCGAACUCAUCGUAAAGAUGAUGUUCGAACUGGGCUUUGCUCUCCCCCAGAUGUGCCCGAACUUCGUCCGAAUUGUUGUGUGCCUUCAAACUCUGGGGGAGGAGUUUAACUACAAACUAUCCCUGGCCGACUUUCUUCAAGUGUACACGGUGAAGACAUGUUGCACCAAGGGCACGCUCUAUGUAAGUCCGCUUUCCGGACUGAAGGUCUAUGAUGACCUAACCGAGAAGGACGAGAAGUGGCGGAAGUCUUACUUUUUCUUCCCGCUUAACGAACUCACUUUUGGCCACCUCUUGAAUCACUUCGAGCGCGGAUUGCUCUGUCCUACGUUUGCCGAGUUUUUCUCGAGGUUCUGUAGUCAGGAACAGAUCGCUUGGGAUUCUUUCUCAUGUGAAAGGAUUAGGGAGUCCUCGGUUAGGCUCAGAGGACGCUCUCUCGUCUGCUCCGACCCUAUAAGCACUUCGGAGAUGAACUAUCGAGAAGAAAGAGCGUGCCGGGCUGCUGAGAAGGAGGCGAAGCUAAACAUGGCUGCGGCCCUUGCUGAGGGCAAAGCUCGCCUUCCUACCAAGAAGUCCAGUUCGUCCGUCCCUGAGGUCGACGAGACUCCUGAGUUCCUUGAUGGCCCUUCCGAGCCUCUCACAAACGCCUCCGGACCUUCGACUAGUCCGACCAAAUCCCCCGUGAUUGUCCUAGUUGAUUCUAGUGAUGAGCCACGGGAGAUUGCAGCUCCCCCUCAAUCUACAAGGAAGUCUUCCGGAGAAGUCAGCUCUCAGCGCGCCGACUCAUCUAAGAAACGGAAGGAGCCAGAGACUUCCUCGUCUUCUCGCGAGAAGAGUCGAGCUCGGACUGGUUCAUCGGGGGACGACCGAAGUAGGUCUGUCUUGAAAGAUGGGGGUCCCUCCUCGGAGAGGAGAUCUAAGGAGGUUCCCCCUUUGAAAGAGAUCGGGGACUCCUCUGGGAGGUUGCCUUCAAAGGAACAGCGUCCUUCCUCCCGACCUCCCCCUACCUCCCCAACUGAUCUGAUGAGGAGCUACACGCAACCAGGAGUCCGGAUCCCGGCGUUCGCCGAUAUGUCCGAGACUAACCGUGUGAACUUCUUCUGCUUCACAAAUAAGAUUGGCGAGCUGUUCGCCUCCCCCUCGUCUUCCGAAGUGUGCCUUCUUGAAGAGAGGAUUGCUGACCUGGAAGCUGAGGUAAAGGAGUAUGCCAAGCUGGAGGCUGAGAACGCUAGCACCGUGGCGAAAGCCGAGCAAAUCCGAGCUCGGAUGAAAAAAGCCGAGAUAAAGGUACUGGACCUCGGGGUUGCUAACGAGGACCUCCGAGACAAACUGAAGAAGGCAGGGGACCUUUACUUCAAGGCGGCAGAGGACGCGAAGGCGGCAAAGAACAGGUUUCACGAGAUCGAGCUCCGCAACCAGCUACUCGAGGCUGGCAACAGCUGCGAGAUUGAGAGGGUGCGGAGAGAAGAGAGGCAGGCAAUGAGGCGAACUCUCCGUCCAUUGGUCGAGGAGGUGAAGGUCACUUUCGAAGAGAGGGAGAAGCUGGCCCCGGCCAAGAUCCGAGCCGCUGAGAUCAGGGCUAACCGGAUGCUGAUCGAGGAGAUCUUGAGGGGAGAAAUCCGAGACAUGGAAGCUGAGCUCGGACUUCUGAAAGCCGACGAGGAAGAGGCCGACGAAAAGGUUUCGAAGGUAACUCCCCGUGACUUCGACCUCUCUGGAUUUUCAGACCUUUUGGAGGAUACGCCCGAUCUUUUGUGCAGCGAACACCCUUUGAGCGUUACAAUCGACGAGUCCGGCACUAAUCUCGGGCAAAUGUUGAAUCAGGGAAUGGAUGACUUUCUGGCGAACACCAAGUCGGUAGGAGAGCUUGCAGAGAUGGGACUGGCCCUUUCCAAAGCGGCGUCGGACCGUGCUCCCCGAACUCAAUAG